GUGAGCCGGUCGCAAUAAAGAAGUAUGUCUACGAAAAGCUGGAUGAUGAAGCGCGUCUCCAUCCUCCUGUUUGGAACAUUUGUGUUGAUUCUGUUCAAGACGACUGUUGGAUCAUCAAAUGAAGUUGUUGGCCCAGUCGUCACACACAAGGUUUUCUUCGAUAUGGAGAUUGGAGGAGAGAAAAUAGGAAGAGUUGUUGUAGGAUUGUUCGGUGAAAUUCUUCCAAAAACAGUGAAAAAUUUUGUGACAUUAGCAGAUGGUAAAUUGGUAAGAGAUGGCCAUACGUAUUCAUAUAAAGGUGCAAUUUUCCAUCGUAUCAUUAAAGGCUUUGUUGUACAAGGUGGUGACAUUACCAGACAGGAUGGCACUGGAGGUAUAAGCAUUUAUGGUCGAUACUUUCCUGAUGAGAAUUUUAAGCUGAAACAUUACGGCCCUGGGUUUCUGAACAUGGCUAAUGGUGGACCAGACACCAACACAUCCCAGUUCUGUUUUAUGUUAACCAAGGCGGAUUGGCUAGAUGGUAAACAUAUGGUAUUCGGAAAAGUUUUAGAAGGAAUGGAUGUUGUGAGGAAGAUGGAAAACGUAGAAACAGAGCAUGAGCGUCCAGUCGUUCCUGUGUCUGUGGCAGACUGUGGAUCCUUGCCAUUGGAAAAACAUUUUGCUGUCUCGACAGACCCAGUGGAAGAGUAAUGGUAUAGCCUAGUCAUAAAGAAUCUUUCUACAUGACUAUUUACUUGUCAGUGGAAAUAUUUCAUGUGCCAAACAAAGAUUUUAUUUUACUUACAGCCAUGGCGUGUUUAAAGAUAUGAAAGAUCUGAUUAUGUAACACAAAAAUAAGUAUUUUGUUUUACAUCUAUGGCCAAGAAUUUUAGAUAUACCAGUGUGUAUGUACAUAUAGUUGAAAAGAUGUUGUGAUAGCAAAUUUGUACUUCAUGCCAGUAAGUGUGCUACCCUAUUUCUUCUAAUUUUUGGGACGCCUGGUCUGCUCAUCUUAGCCAAUAUAUAUGUAAUUGUAGCAGGAAUAUUGAGUUCCUUUUUUCUCACAUGGUUAGACCAUCUAAUGAAGAACUUACUCAUAUCUUUACUUUUCCAAAAGGCUGGUAAAGAAAUGUAAUAUUGUACUUUCAACAGUACUAAUAUCUGUCCCAAAAAUUAGAAGAAUUAGGAACAUGUAAAAUAGUCGCCAAGGUAACAACAGCAUACAUUUGUUGUUCUUACAUUUUCUUCGUACAGAUUUUGCUUCUAACUGAUUCAGUAUACAAGUAAUAUUGUUUUAACUUUCACGUCCUGGUGAUGUUUUAGGUAAUAAAUUCUAAAGACGCAGAUAUGUGAUAAAAGUUUUUGUAAUUCAGAAAGGUGCUUGUUUAUGCCUCAAAUGUUCAUGUAAUUUCCUACUGUGAUAAAUGCAUGUUUUUGGUAAAAUUCACUCUCCCAGAGAAGAUCCUGUAUUUUUGUUCAAAUGUCAUCAAUGAAAUAAUUGUAAGCUGUGAUAAUUUUCACUGCAAUAAUUUAUCCUGCAGCCACAUAGAGUGCUGUCAAGCGCAUUUUACCUUUGAUUAGUGUAUUUUCUCACUUGUGGUAUUAUUGGGUUGUCACAAUUUCCUACCUCAUUCAUGUGUCACCUGGGUGAUUUGCUUGAAUGAUGAUAGCACCUUUCUUAUAAAUCACUAUUAUCAAGGUGGUUCUAUGUUCAAGAAUGGUGCAUCAUGAUUAUCCAUAUUACAUUCUCGAGAUAUGAACUACCAGCUUCAGGUUCAAGUGGUACAUCACUUCUAAAAAAAUAAAGCACUUGUGUCAUAAGAAAAAAUUGGAAGUUAAAUUGGAUAUUUCAUUUGUUGUCAUCAUGGAAUAGCUUGACUAUAUAUACUUACAAAAUUGAUAAGCUUUGUGUGAAUUUACAACCGUACGACUCAAAUUCAUGGUUCAAGUAAUCUUCAAAUUAUGAAAUAUUGUAUCAUUAGCCAGACUAAUUUAGCAUUUUAAACCUGUACAAAGUAUAUGUGCAACAAGGCAUUUUGUGUUGCAAACAAAUGGCUAGAUUUGUAUGGCAUAAAUGGAGACUUUUUUCUUCUUAAUAGGUCGUUUUUUUUAAAUGUUAAUGCCGGGCAUUUUAAUCAUAGUUUUAUGAACAAUUUUGCCAUCUAGAAAUAAGUGUUACAGGGUAGUAAUAAAUGUAUUUUGACAUGCGGUUUUCUCAUGAUACCCUAAUCAUUCUUGUAUGAUUCACAGUUUAUGGGCCGUAUGGGUUCUUAGUUUUCCAAACUAUAUGGUGGACCUGUACAUGUAUUGUUGCCUUGAACACAUUGUUUCAUAAAAUAAAAUGUACAGUUUUUGAGGUCUUUGUUAUGCUCGAUAUGGCAUGCAAUUUAAGCUUUUCAUGGCAUGUAACAAA